AUGACUUUGGUUAUGGCAUGGAUUGUCUUAAAACGGUUUAAUAAAAUUUUUGUUAUUGCAGCCUUCCAAUGGCCAGUUCGUUUAGUCGGAGGCUACAGCAACAGAGAGGGACGUGUGGAGGUUUACUACAAUGGCCGCUGGGGCACUGUGUGUGAUGACGGAUUUGGCGAUAUUGCCGCUAGGGUCAUAUGCCGCAUGCUUGGGUUUGGCGAUCGUUAUGCAAAGGCAUACCGGUCUGCCUGCUAUGGCCAGGGCAAUGGGCAGAUUUGGCUGGAUGAUGUCCGUUGCAGUGGAGGAGAACAUUCGAUAUCAGCAUGUGGUCACAAUAGUUGGGGUAGUCACAACUGUGGACACCAUGAAGAUGCCGGGGUGUCUUGUGGGUACUCCUACACAAGAAGCUGUCCGGGAUCUUCCCAGUACGGUUAGUGCACUUUAUCUAUCCACGUGGGAUGUGGGUUAUAA